CAACUAACCUUAAAAAAACAGAGAAGUAGAUAGAGGUUAUAAAAGUAAGAAUCUGAAAAAUCGAAUUCCCUAUCCUUCAUAGCUUAUUUAAAUCAAUCAUUAUGAGUAGCAGUGAUGAUGAUGGUAGUGAAGAAAAUGCCCCUAUCAGAGAGGAAAUGGACGACGGCGAACGUACUGCAAUUCGAGCCGAGCUAUCAACAUUAUCCUUUGAAGAGCUUCAGAAGCUCAAAGAAAAGAUAGGAGCGAAAGUUUACAAAGAAGCUCUAUUUGGAUCCAACAAAAAGGAAAAAGAUGAGAAACCUAAAGUUUUUAAAAGAGAAAACAAGAAUAGACCACGGGAGAUGAGUUCCAAAAAACCAGUGUCUAUGAUCCGAGAGGUUCCAACUAAAAUAGUGCACAAAAAAGAAGUAAGAGAUCCUAGAUUUGAUUCCCUCUGUGGAGAGUUUGACAAGAAACAGUUUUCACAAGACUACAGCUUCCUGUCUGAUCUUCGGCUCAAUGAUAUUAAAUCAAUCCGAGCUGAAUUAAAACAAACUGAUGAUCCGGAGAGAGAAAUAAAGCUCCGGCGACUACUGCAGAGGCUGACGGAGCAGCAUCGAGCCACUAAGAGAGGCAAAAUGGAGAUAGAGAAGAAGAAACUAGAGAAAGACUUUGUUGAGAAAGAGUUUAAGGAGGGAAAACAGCCGUACUUUAAGAAUAAAACUGAACAAAAAGUAGAAGCCCUUGUGAAGCAAUACGAGGAGCUGAAGAAGGAGGGCGCCGGCCGCGUGCAGCGCCACCUCAAGAGACGGCAGCAGAAGGUCAAGAAGAAGACCGUCAGACCACCAGCCAGUGUCAGUUGAAGCACUGUUUAGGUUUAAAUUAGUUCUUAAUUAAAGUUUUUAUCAUUA